UUCAGUUUUUGCUGACUUGACAUUGACAUUUCAAGACGUCACUUUUGUGAAUUUAAUUUUAAUAGUAAUAUUGAAUUAAAAACGGGCGAAAUGGACGAAAAAAGGCCUGUACGAAUCGAAGAUAACAAUUUUGCACAAAUUCUAAUUGCCGUUCUUGUGAUUGUCGUGACUUUGGUUCUUUUCGUGCUCUACCGGCGUCGCAAAGCCACUAGGAAUUGUAUACUAUUGACUGGGCUUUGUGAUAGUGGUAAAACGUUAAUUUUUUCGCAACUAGUCUACGAGAAAUUUAUCCAAACUCACACCUCUAUCAAGGAGAAUAUCGGCACUUAUAUCGUCAAUAAUAAUUAUUUAAAAAUCGUCGAUAUCCCGGGCCACGAACGCCUGAGAAACAAAUUUAUUGAACAGUAUAAAGAAUUGACCCGAGGGAUUGUCUUUGUUGUGGACUCCUCUACAAUCCAGCAAGACGUUCGGGACACGGCUGAGUUCCUCUACAAUAUUUUAGUCGACUCAACCGUGGUCCGAAACUCCCCAAAUUUGCUCAUUUUGUGCAAUAAACAGGACCAGACUUUGGCCAAAGGCAGCAACGCUGUUAAAUCCAUUCUGGAGAAGGAAUUGAACACUUUACGUGUCACCAAGUCGCACCAGUUGGCGUCAGUUGACCCCAAAGAGAAAAAAAUCGCAAGUUUGGGGGCCCCAGAUUGUGAUUUUUCCUUCGCUUGUAGCCCCUUUAAAGUCGAUUUUGUUGAAGGGUUUGGGUGUAGCAAAAACGGGGCUGCGGAUAUCGAACAACUGAAGGCUUGGGUGGCCAAAAUUGCGUAAUUUAUUGUUUGAAUAAAGUUUUUUAAAGUU